ACGGGAAGAAAGUUUCAUUCAGAAGUGAUUUAAUAGAUCGCAGACGCGGAGUUGUUGAUUCAUUGUCAAUCUUUGUAGCGCUCAGUACAAACGAAAUAUUAACUAACUAAAUAACUGGUUCACUUACACGGCUGUACGGAAACGAGGUUUGAGAAGACAGAUUUGACCUAUUUCUGGCCGUUUUUUUGUUCUUGGAUUGAAUCACAGAGGGUCUAAAUGGAACUGUUGUGGCUCAUCUAUAUGGCAGCGAGUAUCUGCGCUUUGCUCGCCUCUGCUGAAAGACACACGGUUUUCUGGAAUAGCACCAACCCUAAGUUCCGACGGAACACCUAUGCGGUUGAGGUACGGCUGAACGAUUACCUGGACAUCGUGUGCCCGCACUACCCGCUGGGUGAAAUACCAUCGCAGGACGCCGAACGCUACGUGCUCUACAUGGUGGAACGCGAAGACUACGACGCCUGCCGACCUCAGUCCUACGACCAGAUGCGUUGGGAAUGCGGCCAUCCGUUUGCCCAACACGCACCUGAGAAGUUUUCCGAGAAGUUUCAACGCUUCACUCCCUUCACUCUGGGAAAAGAAUUCCGACAGGGCGAGAGCUACUACUACAUCUCCAAACCACUGCAUCACCAUGGAGAAGAGUGUCUGAGGCUCAGAGUGGAUGUGGUUGCCAAUGAUGGCUCUCAAGAAGCCAGGGUUGGUACAGGAGGUGGAGACAAGGUGGCCACCAAGGGAGGAGCCCACACCCCAUCCAAUCGGUUACCAGCAGGUACGAUAACGACAUACCUAGAUGACCCGGUUGUAUCUUUUCCUGAAGUACAGAAAAGCAUGCGAACAAACUCUGCCAUGUCAGUAGCAUCCUGGACCGUCCUCACAACCUUACUCCCUCUCUUAUUAUUGCUGGUCUUACACUGAGAUGGACAAUCGGACUUUAAAAUACACUUAAGACUAUCGUGACAGCAUCCUGUGUUGGUGAAAACACAGGGGUAGCUCUUUAAAACCCAGUGCUGGCCAUUGGGGGAAACAAACAGGAGGUGAAGCUUUCCAACACUGCGGGGAAAGAAUGAAGAGUGCAUUCUUAAUUUCGGACACUUCUAAAGAAAAGAAAAACGAGACGUCAGUAUUUUUCUGAAAAGACUAUUUAAGUAAAAGGAACGUUUUUACACCUUUUGCUUUAUAAUUCAUUUGAAGUCCGACUAAACAAAUCCUGGAAACGACAAACUACUAAAACAAUAACGUGGACUUAUAUCAGUGAUGUACUUCGAAUAUGGAAAAUCCAUUCAUCUGAGUGUCACAUUUAGGGGACGCAAGCCAAGAAUGAGCCAAAGAUCACAAAGCUUCUCAUUGUUCUUCAUGUUUCAUUGAUCCAUUUUAAUUUAUCUAUGUAGCACAAGUGCAGUGGGAUUUAUCUCGAUUUACAGGACCUGGAAAUACAGAACACACACACGUACACUCCAAUAUACUGUUUACCAAACCCACUGACACAAUGCCGUGUUGAUUUUGUACAUUCAUUGUUUAAAGAGUUAGUAAAUUAUUAGGUUUGCUGUAGAACAAAUGAUUGUAUAUAUAGCGAACAAAAAUGUUUACUGUGUGAUCGAGAGAGAGAGAGAGAGAAUGGGAUGAGACUUUUAGCGUCUGGUUAUUUAGAUGUGCAAGUUAAAAAAGUAAAUGAUAUUGAUUGUCCAAAUGCACACAUUGCCUGUUAAGUGUGUGUUUGUUAACAGGGGAUUUGUGAUUGGUCUGUCCUGAUAAUGUCGGGUCAGCAUCCUUAGCAUUUAAACUGCCAAGCACAAUCAAUGAAAACACAAACUCGCUCAGUAAGCAAAGAUCAUAAACCUCACAUUGGAUGGGAAUUUUCUUUCAAGGUCUCAUGUAAAAUUGCUUGGGUGCCGACGAAAGAUUCAUUUAAUAUCUCUGAAAAAUAAUAAGACUGAAUUGUAUUGGCAUUUGGACCAAGCUAUAAAUUGCAAUCAGGGUAAAGUGAUAUGGGUAUGUAAAUUGCUAACAUCAGCAAGACAAUACUUGGCCAAUUUUAGCAGAUUUAUCAGUCUGUCAUUAAAACAUAUAUAGCUAUCAGUCUGUCAUUAAAACAUAUAUAGCUAUUCUAUAGGUAAAUCUAUAUAGUAAUGGGGCAAACUGCACAGGUUUAUGGUUUAGGAAAGACGUAUAUUUAUAGCUAAUCUGCAGAAGCACUAUGAAUAAAACACUAGACUCUAACUGGAGCAUUCAAUGUAGCAGUUGUUUGUACGGCUGACGCAGCUUUAUACCACUAACGUUAGGUCACUCCGAAUUGUUUUUCCAGUUUUUGUUUUUUCAUUUUACUUUAUUUCAUUCUCGUUCUUAUUUUGUACAUGUGUAUUGUAAAAUGUAUAUUAUGUAUAUAAAGAGGAUUAUAUAAAAAUAUUUGAUAAAGGAAAAAAACAGAUAAUGUGAAGAUUCUUAUGUGAAAAUGAAAAUAAAUGAUAUUUUUGGAAAAUUC